GUCGACGUCACGGCCCCCUCCACCGGCCGGCGGGCGCUCCACGGCCGAGACUUUCUCCUCGCGACACCUCGCCGCCGGAGAAACGGCAGUCGCCGUGAGCUGAUCGCUGAACCGCACGCCAGCUCCUGCGCACGCGCACAACUCACUUCCGCGAUCGAAUACCCGCUUUCGCUCCGUAAACAGUCCGUGUGCAAAUCAUAUUUUCCGUUUUCUCAUCAACAUUGCAAAAUUUACGCUAAAUUGUACUUCUACACCGGCGGAUUUAUUCGGUGUCAACAAAUGUGGUGUUUCUUGGCGCUCGUUGGAAUAAUGUCUAAUUGGAGUUGAGAUUUCCACUAUACACGAUGGCGCGAUGCUCCUCCAGCGCGGUGUGGACACUCGUAGCGCUCGCCGCCCUCGUCACACCCUGCCUGUCAGAUCCUGAAAUUUACUAUGAGAAACAGCGGUACGAUGGCUGGUUCAACAACAGAGCGUAUCCAGACUGGGGUUCUGUGGGCAGUCGGCUGACGCGCAAGGCGCCGGCGGCGUACGCGGACGGCGUGUACAUGAUGGCGGGCGCGGACCGGCCGGGCGCGCGCGCGCUGUCCAAGCUGUUCAUGCGCGGGCAGGACGGACUGCCCUCGCGAGCUAACAGGACCGCGCUGCUCGCCUUCUUUGGUCAAGUGGUAACAGGCGAGAUAGUGAUGGCCUCCGAGUCGGGGUGCCCCAUCGAGCAGCACCGCAUCCCGGUGGAGCAGUGCGACCACAUGUACGACCCGGCCUGCCGCGGCGGCAAGCACAUGCCCUUCCUGCGAGCUGCUUACGACAGAGCUACUGGGCAGAGCCCUAAUAGUCCACGGGAACAGAUAAACCAGAUGACGUCGUGGAUCGACGGCAGCUUCGUGUACAGCACGAGCGAGGCGUGGGUGAAUGCUAUGAGGUCAUUUCAGAAUGGCUCGCUGUCGAGCGAGGGCGGCAUGCCGCUGCGCAACACCCAGCGCGUGCCGCUCUUCAACAACCCCGUGCCGCACCACAUGAGGAUGCUGAGUCCAGAGAGGUUAUUUUUGCUAGGAGACCCGCGCACCAAUCAGAACCCGGCGAUGGUGACGUUCGGCAUCCUGCUGCUGCGCUGGCACAACGUGGUGGCGGCGCGCGCGCACCGGCAGCACCCGGACUGGAGCGACGAGCAGCUGUUCCAGCGGGCGAGGAGGAUCGUUAUUGCUAGUUUACAGAACAUAUUCCUCUACGAAUACGUGCCAGCCUUCCUUGGAGUUCCCAUUCCGGAAUACACGGGGUACAAACCGGAAGUGGCUCCUGGAGUGACUCACUCAUUCGCAGUGGCGGCCUUCCGCUUCGGCCACACCCUCGUCCCCCCAGCGAUCCUGUUGCGAGACAGAAACUGCCGCUACGGUCGGGCCCCGGGCGGACACGACUCGAUAAGGCUCUGCCAGACUUGGUGGAAUGCUAAUGAAGUGAUGUCAACAGUGCCCAUAGAAGAAGUGCUAAUGGGCAUGGCUUCACAACUAUCCGAGAGAGAGGAUGCCCUGCUCUGUUCCGAUGUGAGAGACAACCUGUUUGGGCCCAUGGAGUUCUCCAGGCGGGACUUAGGUGCCCUGAACAUCAUGCGGGGGAGAGACAACGGACUCCCGGACUAUAACACUGCCAGGCAGUACUUCGGCUUAAAAAAGAUAAAAACCUUCAACGAAAUAAAUCCUACGCUUUUUGAAAACGACCCCGAUCUGCUGCACAGACUUAUUCAAGCUUAUGAUGGACGACUGGACAAUAUCGACGUUUAUAUUGGUGGCAUGUUAGAGUCAACCGGCCACCCUGGAGAACUAUUCCGUGCCAUAAUAAUAGACCAAUUCACAAGAAUAAGAGACGCGGACAGAUUUUGGUUUGAGAACGAACAGAACGGCAUAUUCACACCUCAAGAGAUCGAAGAGCUCAGAAGAAUAACUCUGUGGGACAUUAUAGUGAACAGUACAGCUGUUGGACCUAACGAUAUUCAGAGGGAUGUGUUUCAUUGGAACAAUGGGGAUCAUUGCCCUCAGCCGUACCAACUCAACGCUACUAAACUACCGCCUUGCAAGUACUUGACUGGAUACGACUAUUUUGAGGGUAAUGAGUUCGCAUACACCUACAUCUGCAUCGGUCUGGGCUUCGUGCCGCUGCUCUGCGCAGGCGCGGCGUACGGAGUUGUCAAGCUGCAGAACUCACGCCGGAGACGACUCAAGAUACAACAGGAGGAACUGAAAAAUGCACAGCAUAAAGGUUCAGUAGACAAGCUGAUCUGCCGCGAGUGGGUGCACGCGUCGCACAAGCGGCUGGUGAAGCUGCGGCUGGGCCCCGAGGCCGCGCUGCACGUCACGGACCGCAAGGGGGACAAGCUGCGCACCGUGCCGCUGCACCACACCGACCAGCUCACCGUCAUCGAGAACCAGGAGCACCGCGGAGACAAGCGUCCGCUGAUGCUGGUGCGGGUGCCGCGCGAGCACGACCUGGUGCUGGAGAUGGACUCGGUGGCCACCAGGAGGAAGUUCCUGCUCAAGCUGGAUACCUUCCUCGGGCAGCACAAGAAGGCGCUGAAUCUUACACAGGGUCAUCGUGAACAAAUAUUGGCUACAGCUGAAACAAGAGAACGGAGGCAGAGAAAGUUGGAACACUUUUUCAGAGAGGCGUACGCUAUCACUUUUGGAUUAGCCCCCGGCGAAAAACGCAGAAGAAAUGAAGAUUCAGAUCCAGAGUCCAUCGUAAUGAGAACGUCAUUGUCGAAGUGUGAAUUUGCCAGCGCAUUGGGAAUGAAAUCGGACGCCGUGUUUGUGAAGAAAAUGUUCAAUAUUGUCGACAAGGAUCAAGAUGGAAGAAUUUCAUUCCAGGAAUUCCUCGACACAGUGGUGCUAUUCUCCCGCGGUGCGACGGAAGACAAGCUGCGUAUAAUAUUCGACAUGUGCGACAACGACCGCAACGGCGUCAUCGACAAGGGCGAGCUCAGCGAGAUGCUGCGAUCACUCGUCGAGAUUGCGAGGACCACCUCGCUGAGAGAUGAACAUGUCACUGAACUAAUUGAUGGCAUGUUCUCGGAUGCUGGUUUGCAGCACAAAGACCACCUCACUUACACUGACUUUAAAGUGAUGAUGAAGGAAUACAAAGGAGAAUUUGUGGCCAUCGGGUUAGACUGCAAGGGAGCGAAACAGAACUUCUUGGACACUUCCACCAAUGUAGCCAGGAUGACCAGCUUCCACAUUGAGCCAUCCAUGGAGAAUAGAAGAAACUGGUGCCUCUUAAAGUGGGACUACCUUACAACAUUCCUAGAAGAGAACCGUCAAAACAUCUUCUACCUGUUUAUAUUCUACGUCGUCACCAUCGGUCUGUUUGUGGAGAGGUUCGCUCACUAUUCCUUCAUGUCGGAACACUUGGACCUGCGACACAUCAUGGGCGUCGGGAUCGCCAUCACCAGGGGCUCGGCUGCCUCUCUGUCUUUCUGCUACAGUCUACUCCUGCUCACUAUGUCCAGGAAUUUGCUUACUAAGCUUAAGGAAUUCAGCAUCCAACAGUACAUCCCGCUUGACUCCAGCAUCCAGUUCCACAAGAUCGUGGCGUGCACGGCGCUGUUCUUCUCCCUCCUGCAUACCAUCGGCCACAUGGUCAACUUCUACCACGUGUCCACGCAGCCGCUAGAGAACCUCCGGUGUCUGACUAAGGAAGUGCACUUCACGUCGGACUUCCGACCGGGAAUCACGUUUUGGGUCUUCCAGACGAUUACAGGCGUAACCGGCGUGCUACUCUUCAUAAUAAUGUGCAUCAUGUUCAUAUUCGCGCACUCGGUGGUGCGCGCGCGCGCCUACCCGUGGUUCUGGCGCGCGCACUCGCUACACGUGCUGUUGUACGCACUGUGCCUCGUGCACGGCCUCGCGAGGCUGACCGGCGCGCCGCGGUUCUGGAUUUUCUUCAUGGGACCCGCUAUUGUUUAUACGCUUGAUAAGGUGGUGUCACUGAGGACAAAGUAUCUUGCCCUCGAUGUGUUGGAAACAGAGAUGCUACCUUCAGAUGUCAUCAAAAUCAAGUUCUACAGACCACCGAACCUAAAAUACUUGUCAGGUCAAUGGGUCCGACUAGCAUGCACUGCCUUCAAGAAGGAAGAGUUCCACUCGUUCACGCUGACGUCUGCUCCUCAUGAGAACUUCCUCUCGUGCCACAUCAAGGCGCAGGGGCCCUGGACGUGGAAGCUCAGGAACUACUUCGAUCCUUGCAAUUACAAUCCAGAGGAUCAGCCUAAGAUAAGGAUCCAAGGUCCAUUCGGCGGCGGCAACCAGGACUGGUACAAGUUCGAGGUGGCGGUGAUGGUGGGCGGCGGCAUCGGCGUCACGCCCUACGCCUCCAUCCUCAACGACCUGGUGUUUGGGACUUCUACCAACCGCUACUCGGGAGUCGCUUGCAAGAAGGUGUACUUCCUGUGGAUCUGCCCGUCGCACAAGCACUUCGAGUGGUUCAUCGACGUGCUGCGCGACGUGGAGCGCAAGGACGUCACCAACGUGCUCGAGAUACACAUCUUCAUCACGCAGUUCUUCCACAAGUUCGACCUGAGGACUACUAUGCUGUACAUCUGCGAGAACCACUUCCAGCGUUUGUCCCGCACAUCCAUGUUUACUGGUCUAAAGGCCGUCAACCACUUCGGCAGACCCGACAUGUCCUCCUUCCUCAAGUUCGUGCAGAAGAAACACAGUUAUGUGUCAAAAAUAGGUGUGUUCUCGUGCGGCCCCCGACCUCUGACCAAGUCGGUGAUGUCGGCGUGCGAGCAGGUCAACCGCACGCGCCGCCUGCCCUACUUCAUACAUCACUUCGAGAACUUCGGUUAGAGAGGAUAACACCAGCUUAGGAAGGAAGAAAGAUUAAGGAAGCUUCUAGAACGUAAACUAAGUCGGUGGAUCAUUUCUGUGGCUGUUUAGGAGAAAGCCGUCGCGUCGUGUUACCAUUUAAAACUAAUGUUAUUUAUUUAUUUUUAGUGAAUUUUCUCAUUUUAUUUUAUAUCGUUCAUAUGAUCAAUUAUUGCUUUUAAAUUAAGAGUACAAAAAUAUUAAACUCGCAUUUUCCUGUACAAAGUUGAAGUUGUUAGACAAAAUAAAUCUUUUCUAUAUUAAAUUACUUUUUCAAAUACUCAAGCAAGAUAAUCUCCCUGUAUGUGUUCGUAAAAUAAAAUAUCACAUGAAACAUUUUUAUUUUGUAAAUAUUUAGGUAUGUGAAGUAAAACUAGAUAAUUCGAAUAAAGUUAAUAUUUUUUACGAUUUUAUACGUUUAUUUGCUGUAAAUAAAUAUAUUUAAUUAAUAACUU